GGCGCAACCUUUGGGACCGCUGAAGGAAAUGGCGAGUUCUUCAAGCGCAUGGAGAACAUUCUUCAGAAGCAGGAGAACAUGCAGCGGGCCGCCCAGACCGAGUGCAAGGCUAAGGGCAGCACCCCCCUGCCUCCAGAGAGUGCUGAUCGGGCUUACAUUCCAGAGAAAGUGACCAGGAGAGAGCUGGACCUACUGUAUGAAGAAGCAGUCUAUACAGUGGUGAAUCGGGUGGGAGUGCCUUCUUCAGAAUAUGUAACCAAUGAAGGAGAGCUCUUCAGCUAUCUACAGAAGGUGUUUGAUAUGGGUCCCGAAGAACAUGACAUCAUUCUACAAAGAGUCCAAGAAUCUAAGAGAGCGAGUUUCUCACUGAGGGUCUCUGUUAUGAAAGGAAAAAAUCUUAUGGCUAAAGAUGCUAACGGGUACAGUGAUCCCUAUUGCAUGCUGGGGAUUCUCUUGGGACAAAGCCCCAGGGAGCCGGAGGAGAAGAAGGAGAGGAAGUUCAGUUUCCGUAAAAAGAAAGACAAGCUGGAGAAGCGCCCUAGUGUCAAGGAGGUGUUGGCUGCCAAGACCAUCCAUGUCACAGAAGUCAAACCGGAGACCCUCAACCCAGUGUGGAAUGAGCAUUUUGUUUUUGAGAUUGAUGAUGUCUCCAGUGAUCUGCUACACCUAGACAUAUGGGAUCACGAUGACGACGUCUCCGUUGCAGAGGCCUGCAAGAAGCUGAACGAAGUCAGUGGAUUCAGGGGAAUGGGCAGGUAUUUCAAGCAAAUCGCCAAGUCAGUGCGAGCCAAUGGGACUGCAGCAGAGGAGAGUGCGGAUGACUUUCUGGGCUGCCUCAACAUCCCCAUCAGUGAGAUCCCGGUGGCCGGAUAUGACAAGUGGUUCAAGCUGGAGCCUCGGUCCAGCGCCUCUAAAGUCCAGGGGGAGUGUCACCUGAUCUUGAGGCUGUUCACCACCCAGAGGGAAACGACCCUGAGUAAGAGGGAAUCCCACCUGGCCAUUCAUGAGAAGAUCCUGAGUCAGAUCCUGGAGUACGAGCACAGUCACAUCCAGACAGAGCCAUACAACUGGGAUGGGCGAGUAUGCCAGGCGGCGUGGACGGUGCUGUCCCAUCAUGCUGUGCAGACUGACCUGUCACCUCUCCAGCAAGCCAUCAUACGAUGGCGGUGCUACAGCAGCCACCACCGAUCCCAGAGGAUGUGUUACUCCUUCCUGCUGGGGCUCGUGAAGACCAUUGAGGAGGAGUGGGAUUCUGACGCCAUACGUGGGGAGCUGGAGGAGAGGCUGGCGGAGAGUUUCAGGCUCCACACUGAGUACUGUCUGUCCCUGCUGAGGAGUGUGAGGAAGGUGUUCCCCGGCUCCAUCCCCACCGCCGUCACUCGCUGUGAGCUCAUGCUAAAGGGCCUGGGACACAUUCACUCCAUACAGGUCUUUAAAACAGUGUGUCCUCUCCGCAAUGAGAUACAUCUGGAAAUCGCCUCUGUGAUAAAGAAGGGCACAGUGGAGUGGUAUGGGGCGACAGUCUCUCACUUCAAACCAGACGAAGGGACACUGGAGGAGCAGCUGAGACGUCUGGUGCUGGUGGUGGACACGGUGUGCACCGACGUGCACAGAGCACAGAAUGUCUACAAUAAACUCUUCUGCAGUUCUUUGAAAGUGGAUUUCUUCAGUAUCUCCUAUCGGCAGUUGGAAAAACUGGUGGCAGAUGAUGUGAGUGUUACCAUGGAGAAAGUGUGUGGGACUCUGGAACAGGAGGGCUCCCGGCUGACCCAUACCAUGGGGGAGACGCUGUUUGAGCUCUACAUUUCCCUGAAGACGCUCAAGCACUUCAGGGAGUUCUUGCCCCUCAAGGAUGCCAAGAUGUUGGCCUUGAUGGGCUUUCAUAACUGGUUCAAGACCUCUAUUCACAAGUGGUUGCAGAUAGUUCACCAGAAGUCAUGUGACCGGAUCCGUCGGGCCGUGGAGGUGGAUCAGCUGGGGCCGGUGCACAGCCUGGCCAAGCACAGCAGCUCGGCUGUGGAAGUCACCUCCUGCUUCAGCCAGGUGCGGGAGUUCUGGGUGCAGCUGGCCUGGCCUGACUCCGCGGGGGCCUUCAUCUUCGUGACCCGCCUGACGGACGAUUUCUGCAGUGCUGCUGUGUGUUACUGUGAGCUCAUCAAGAGGAAAAUUGAAAGGACUCAACUGGGACACGACCCCAAGACCCUCACUGUCCAGCUGUGCAUUGCUCUGAACAACAUUGAGCAUGUGCGCACCUUCCUGGGGAACCUUCCCCGGGACCUGGACUGGCGGGGGCUGGAGCAGGCCAUGGAGGAGUCCUGCGGGGCGGAGGGCAAGGAGCAGGUCAACAAGGCCCUCAACGCCCAGCUGUACAACGUGGACAUGGACCUGCAGAGAGAGGCCAAGCGCAUGAUCACGCACCUCACCGACAAGAUGCUUAUUGAUUUGAGGAAGUACAUCCAACACAUCAGCCUCUCCCCAGACUCCAUCAACAAUGACGAUGCUGUUUCCCCUCUGAUGAAGUACUUGGAUGACACUUUAGUCAUCCUCAGCCAAUCUUUAGUAAAGGAGAAUCUGGCCAGGGUGCUGCACAACCUGUGGCAGCUGCUUCUCAGAAUGAUCUUUGACACAGUGACUGAGAACAGAGGUGUGCAGAUGGAGUUCUAUGGAAGGUUCCACUACACUAUGGAGGCCUUAGUGGAGUUCUUCCACGCUGAGGGAGAGGGGCUUGCCUUGGAGGAUCUCAGGAGUGCAGAUUACAAGGCCCUGGAGGAGGAGCUUCGUCUGAACAAAUGCUCAUCUAAUGAGCUGAUCGAGCAGUACUUCCUGGAGAAGAUCGCACAGCAGAGGAUCCUUAAGCACAGCCGCUUUGGUCGGAUCAGUGUGAAAUGUUACUACGAGGCCCACGAGCAGCGGCUGACUGUGGAGAUCCUGCAUGCGGCUGACCUCAUUGCUCUGGACGCCAAUGGGCUCAGUGACCCCUUCGUCAUUGUGGAGCUCUGUCCGCACCACCUCUUCCCCAUGACCAAGAGCCAGCGCACCCAAGUUAAGCCCAAGACUCUGCAUCCUGUCUUCGAUGAGCUCUUCUACUUCCAUGUCAGCCCGGAGCAGUACAGGAACAGGUUUGCCUGUGUGACAUUCACUGUGAUGGACUACGAUUGGCUGUCCACCAAUGACUUCGCCGGGGACGCUGUCGCCCCGCUGAGUGACUUCUGCUGGCCAGGCAGACCCAGUGCCUCGGCGGGAGGCAAGAAUCUUCCCCCAGUCAUCCUCCACCUGUCCCGACAAAAGCCCAGCGAGAAGCCCAUUGUGAAGAUGCUGGAAGCAAGAACUGCAGACAGAGAGGCACAGGAGUUAGUGAGAAAACUGAAAGAAAUUGAGAAGUCGAUGGAAGAGGAAUAA